AUCUCCUCCAAUGGGCGGGGUCUAGGCCCUGAGUGGGGCGGGAUUGCUGCUCACUCCUCCAGUCAGUCGCCUCAAGUUGGUCGGGCAGAAGAGAGCGAGGGAAGCAAAGCCAUGGAGAAGACCCGGCGGCCCGUAGUGGUGACUGGGUUUGGUCCAUUUGGGGAGUAUUCUGUCAAUGCCAGCUGGAUCGCAGUUCAGGAGUUGGAGAAAAUGGGCCUCGGAGAGGAUGUGGAUCUACAUGUCUACGAGAUUCCUGUUGAGUAUCAGGCUGUGCAAAGGCUCAUUCCCGCCUUGUGGAAGAAACACAGCCCGCAAAAGGCUUUUGACUUGUUUUCAAAACAGCUUGUAGUUCACGUGGGACUGUCUGGCAUGGCCACAACGGUGACAUUGGAAAAAUGCGGCCACAACGUGGGCUACCGGGGUUUGGACAACUGUCACUUCUGCCCCGGUUCUGAAUGCUGUAUUGAAGGGGGCCCAGAAUGCAUCGAUUCGAUCAUUGACAUGGACGCCGUGUGCAAGAGAGUCUCUGCGUUAGGACUGGAUGUCACCGUCACGAUAUCAGAGGACGCCGGGAGGUAUCUAUGUGACUUCACAUACUACACUUCCCUGUACCAGAGCCACGGCCGAUCUGCAUUUGUCCACGUGCCUCCCUUGGGAAAACCAUACAGUGCAGAACAGCUGGGCCGUGCACUCCAGGCCAUCAUAGAGGAAAUGCUUAAUGUCUUAGAACAAUCUGAGAGCAACAUCAACUGUCACAACGAACAUUGAACUUGGGCCAAAGUCCCCGCCUCUUUACUUUCCUCAUGGUUGCACUUCCCAAAACUUUUCUCCUGUUCUUACAGAAUCCCAGCUGGCAACGUCCGUGUAGAGGAUUGAGAACAGAAAUGGAUUCCUGGCACUCUGAGGAGAUACAUUUUGGGCGAUCCUCCUUUGCUUCUCUCUCAGUUCCAACCAAACUAGCUCUCGCUAGCUUCUCAGUGUCCCCAUCGGUGUUCAGGUCCCGCAAAGACUGUUAAGUGGAUUGAUUUGCCAGUUAGGCAAUUGCUCCAGUUGUCUAAUGUGCUCCAGUUCAAUUUUGCAAGGUCUUCGUGUUUUCAGAAGGACAGUUAGAUGGUUCCAGUCCACUUGUAGCAAUGCUUUCAGCUGAAAAUGUAGGCCCCUCGUAGGAAGUACUGUUCCCUUUACAGGAAGACGUAUUGCACAUUUGCCAGGAAGCUUGGAAGCUUUUUUUCUUCUCUGCUUGAAACAGAUUCCUCCAAUUUACAUAGUAGAGCUCUGCUCUUCAUGAGGAAUGCUUGGUGAUGGAAAGAGAGGUGGGAACAUUUCCUUUAAUCAACACCUCAUGCCAAAUCUGUCGGUGGCUUUAAAAGAAAAAAGAAAAAAAAAGACCAGAUCUCUUUGGAUUUUGCCUUUUCUGGUUUCUGUAGCCACCCAUUGGUCUGAAAUGUAGAGCUUCUCUUCUCUUCUGGCCUGCUGGCUUAAUGUGCCCUAGGAACUGGUCUCUUCCCCUCUCUCCAAAUAGCCCUACCAUAGCUAUCUUUCCCAGUGCCUCAAAGUGAGAUGCUGCUCAAAUAUCCUUUUGUACCAUAGGAAAAUAACACGGUACAUACCCUUUCCUCAACUUUUCUGCUCUGCUGGGGAGGGUUGAGACUCUGGGUCCAGGUUAGGAUUUUGGCAUUUCUGCUUGCUAGGAGAAGGGGGUGAGGACUUGCUGCCACCAUCUCCUGCCUGGUGAAGGCCUCUUUUGCUUCAGCUCCUGUGUCUGGGCGGAAGUUCCCGUGAUUUCUUCAGCAGAGCAGUUCUCCAGGAAUUUCCUCUGGGCUCUCUCUCCCCUUCCGUAAUGCUUACCUGACGGUGGUCCUUGCCAGCUCUGUAGAAAACGAUGCUGCACUUUUUACCUAGAUGGGAUUAGGGUAUAAUAUUCAUUCAGAAGAUUAAAGACUGUGGGUUUUUUUUUUUUUCCUUUUAAAACGAGCAGUGUUCAACUUCACUCUAAACGGGAAGACUUCGGGGAUGAAGCAGCAGGAAGCAACUUGUUUGGCAGAAUAUGGAGACUUGGCCGCCCUAAAAUCUUGGACAAUGGAAUUGCCCGAUAAAACUGAACUGGCCACAAAAAAUAAGCAACUUCUGCUACGAACGGUCUGGUUUAAAAUGAAACCACUUCUUCUUUGCUGUAAAAUCAUUCUUGUUUGAAUCUCUCUUUCUCUUUAAACUAAUUGAUCCUGCUUUUAUAGUAACUCUCAGUGAGAGCUGCCUUGCGCUUGUCGGCUUGCUAGACCCAGUGGUAAUCUGGUUGCAAGACAAAGGGCUGCUGGGGUUUGAAUGCGUGGCCGUAUUUUGAGACAGUCUUUAUGUCAACCUCAUCUGUAUCCCUUUCUGGGUUGCAGUUUAAAUUGCUCUUAAAUUUGUUUGCACACCAGCCUCUUACUUGCAUUCAAAUUCCAAGCACCCUUGUGUGUGGUAAGUCAGCCAACUUCUUCUGUUUCGUUUAAUAAUUUAUUUUAUUUAAUAUUUUUUGUCCAAAUGUGAUGGCUUCUGUGCUUUUCCUCCCUGCUUCCUUCUCUAGCAAAGGUGGGGUCAUGACAUAGGGUCUACAUUUGUUUUUAGUUUUGCAAGCAGCCUUCUUCCUUGUAAUAUUUUGUAAGAUGGCAAACUGUGCAAGGGGCCUUUUGCCCCCUUUUCUUUAGGAAAAAAAAAACAGCAACGAUGCAGUUUGAGGAACAGAAGGCUGCUGUGUUUAGUUCUAAUAAAGUGUAGCUGUGAAAUUUAUAUAAUCUAUUAGAUGGGUGCAGAUAUGCACAUUGUAUAAAGGCUAUCUCUCUUUGAAAUGAUAAGAAUAGAAGAUCUGGAUAUUUUUUCUUUACGAUGUGAAAUGGCUUAACAUUUAAAUGGAAGGAAAAGUGGGUUGUUAACAAUUAAAAACCUCCUUUUAGGGGACCUGACUUCUUUUCAGAGAGGGUUACCCUUACUAGAAAUUUCUCUCCCUCAUUCUUCCUUUUUUAAAAAUUACAUUUUCUAAGUCUUUGCUAAGGGAAUGGGAUUUUUCAGGCUUCACUGCAAAAUCCUUUGCAAGGUUGGAGUGACUUGAUUUCAAAGAAAGCUUUUUGGAACGGUGAGAAGAUCCUGUGGAUUUGACAAUACUUCAGUUUGCAGUCACCCUGUAGCAGCAUUUCCCAACCUUGGUAAUUUUAAGAUAGCAAUAGCAAUAGCACUUAACACUUAUAGACUGCUCCAUAGUGCAUUCUCUAAGCGGUUUACAGUGUCAGCAUAUGCCCCCAACAAUCUGGGUCCUCAUUUUAUCGACCUCAAAAGGAUGGAAGGCUGAGUUAACCUUGAGCCAAUCAGGAUCGAACUCCCAAUUGUGGGCAGAGUCAACCUGCAAUACUGCUUUCUAACCACUGCAUCACCAUGUUUUCUGGCUCGGGAAUUCUGGGAGUUGAAGUUCAGAUCUCUUAGAAUUGUCAAGGUUGGGAAAAGGUGCCCUACAAUAACUCAAUUUCUGACAAUAUGAGUUCAAGGAAGAGCGUCAAGCAUCGUGCUCUGUCCAUACUGACACAAGGGUUCUUCCGCUAGUCCUCUGCCAUCCUUGUGUGUUUUUCCUUCCAUGAAACUUUUAAACCCCUAAUAAUCACACCAUGGGUUGGGUGUGUUCAAAAACUUCUGAAUCCGUACCUUUUCUGGAGAACAUGAUGCUCUAAACAUGAAUUCUGACUUAGAAUAUGUAUCAGAUAAAUACAGGUAAUCCUUGACUUACGACCACUUGGGACCAUGGCUAAACAAAGUGGUGGUUAAGAGAGUCAUGCUCCUUUAUGACUAUUUUGGCCAUCGUUUAGCAAAUCACGGCAGUUAAGUGAAUCAUGCCAUCAUUAAGCAAAUCCAGUUUCCCCCAUUCUUUGCUUGUCGGAAGCUGGCUAGGAAUGUUGCUUAGAUGUUUAUAAGACCCUAGGACACUGCAACUGUUGUAAAUACAUGCCUGUUGCCAGGUGCCCAAAAUUAGCUGACAUAAUAACCCUGGGAAUGUUGCGAUGUAAGGACCAAUCAAAGCCCCCUUUUCAGUGUAAUUUUUGAACAGUCACUAAAUGAAUAGUUGUAAGUCAAGGAUACUGGUAUUUAGUACAAAUGGAUUAAAAAUUAUUGCUUAUUCAUUUUGCAUCCCUCUAAUUGACAACUUCAGUUAACUGGGAUGUAAAUUAUUACGACAGCAAUCUGAAACAUUUUCUUAACCAGCUGUUUUUAAAGCAAAAUCCAUUGUGUUUAGCACAUGUUAGUAUUGUGUGCAAACAAUUUCGGAGUUUUGCUUGGAAACUUAUUUUCAAUGGGAGAUGGGUAAAUGUGUGAACAAACUAUUCAAUAGUAUCUUUAAAUUGUUUAAAACGGUUGAGAAUGUUGAAUUUGGUACAGGAAAGAGGUGUGCAUGUAACCUAAAACUUCUCAAGAGAACUUUUGCCCAGAAUUUGGGGAGGGGGAAGGGAAAUCAGGCUUUGGAGUGAAGUUUUCUGGUGGGAGGUGUGGCAUGGCUCUGAAACAACGGCCCAGAGGACAGUUGCUUUUCUUAAUGCACAAUAUAGGGUGCUUAUUGUAUAAAACAUUUUAAGCCUUAUUGUGGUAUCAGCCCAGCCAAAGCCCCGCAGAAUGCAAAGACUGUGGUUUUGGGGAUCUCUCUGAUUUUCACAUGUUGUCUCAGCAUGUAGAGAGAAAUUUAAAAGUGGAUAACUCUGCUUUCCAGCUUCCAACUCUAUGACUGAGGUUGGGAUCAGAACCCUGGAUUAUGCCUGCUGCGGCAUGCUUUUUCUUUCUGGUACAUCUGCACACCCACUCCCAGAUGUGCAGGAGGGAGGAGAUCUCUUUAUACUACAAAUUGGGGCUGUUGCCCUACUUCACCAGCUCUGAUUGGACCUCCGUAUCUCUAGUGUUUUUCUAAUGAAAAUGUUGCCUGGCCAGCUUCCACAGUGGGGCUGGCAUAAAGAGGUGGGAGUGGACGAGGACUGGUGAACAGCAAUUUGAUCAUCGGCACAGUGUCCUCUGAUAACUGUCCCAUCGGUUGCAAUCUUCCACACUGCUAAACCAAAAUUUGCCUUGCCGACUACCGAGACUCAGUCUAGCAACAACAGCAAUGUAAUUAUUACUUAUUUGAUAAUUCCUAAUCUUUUCCCCACUAUCCCAAAAGAAUUUGAAAACCCAGAAGCCCCCCAGAGUCCUCUAGUUCAGGAGAGGGCACCUAUGACAACUUUAUGACCUGUGGAUUUCAACUUCCAGAAUACCCGAGUCAGCAUGACUCAGGAAUUCUGGGAAUUGAAGUCCACAGGUCAUAAAGUUGCUAUAGUUGGCCACCCCUGCUCUAUUUGGACACUGGCCCUUGUUAAAAGAAACCAGAUUUUUUUAAACCAGCACUUAAACGGGAGUUUUAGUUAUGGUUUCUUCCCAAAAGUAAAUACCUAACUUUUAGAAUGGAUUUGUAAAUCAUUUUCUACUAUCAAAUAUGGAACACUGUUCAUUCCUUAGUAUCAGUUAGGCUAUACUUACCUAAAAGAAACCUAUUUAGUCAGAACGACAAAAUUAUUCACCUGCUACAGCUAGUCCUCAACUUAUGACCACAAUUGGGGCAAGAAUUUCCAUUGCCUCGCAAGAUGGUUAAAUGAGUCGUGCCUGAUUUUAUGACUUUUUUUGCCAUGGUUGUUAAGUAAAUCAUUUCCAUUGUUAAGGCACCACAUGGUUGUAAAGCAAAUCCAGCUUUCCCCAUUGACUUUGCUGGCCAGAAGGUGGCUGGGGAGGUCGCAAAUGGCAGUCACACAUGACCACAGAAUGCUGCAACCAUUGUAAAUACAUGCUGGUUGCCUAACACCUGAAUGUUGAUCACAUGACCGUGGGGAUGCUGCAACCGUCAUAAGCACAAGAAUUGGCUGUAAGUCUAUUUUUUUUCAGCGCCAUUGUAACUUCAAAUGGUCACUAAACAAAGUCGAGGACUACCUUUAUAUAUCUCACAAAAUAGUCCAUUGCUAAAAGAAAUGGAUACAAAGCAGUUUAGCCCAGCUGAUCAUCCAGUUAAUUGAUGUUCUAUUGACACGUCAAGGAAUUCAGAGGCUCCAGUGAGUAUCCAAUUUUUGGACAGACUCAAAAGUACCCUUUGUGUUUUCUCUUUAGGGCAGGAAUGUCCACCUUUGGCAACUUUUAAGACCUGUGGAUUUCAACUCCCAGAAUUCCCCAGCCAGCCACAAGUCUUACAGUUGCCAGGGUUGGACACCCCUCCUCUACAGCAGACGUUGCGCAACAUAUCGGAGCUUUUUCACCAUUGCCAGCAAUGAUGAAACCGGCCCACGGGCCGGCAGUUUGACACCCCUGCUCUAGAGGCUGCAGACUGACUGUUGCAGCCAUCAUCUUGGGUUUUUAACCAUAUGCUGCAGACACCCCUGGAUACCUUUGUCUAGACACUGCAGUUCCAGAGGAUUCAGCAGAGUUCCUCUACUCUGGCAAUGCAUCAGAUUACCUCUCAAAAACGGCACAUGGCUCAUGUGCCUGCCCUUCAUUUCUGCAGCUCCUUUGAGACUGACCAUCUGCUAAAGUUGCCGAAUUUUGUCAAGGUCUGGAGUCCUGACCUCUGAAUCACCUGAAAUGGUUUUGUUUUCCUUUGAGUUCUCUGACUUUGUUUUCAUUCUGUUUUCAUCUCCUCAGGAAUCUGUUUUCAUUAAAGCUCCAGACCUUUGUUUCACCUUCCCCUGCCCCUUCUAUGGCUAACUAGAAAAUGUAAUUUAUUCUAUAAUUUCCCUUUUUUUUUUGCAAACCAGUUAAUUUUAGGGGACGGUUGUUUUUUUCCACAGAACCACUGUCUUCAGUACUAAGCACCUGCAUAUUUUUUAUGGUUGCAUUAAACUCAUUUUAUUUAAUCAAUUAAAAA